AUGGCCCCUUCAGAGGCACAAAACGCAUUGACUAUCGACGAUCUUCGAGAGAAUGCCUCGUCAAUCCUCUCUGACUCGCUUACGAGCAGGAGGGUGCCGGCUUUGAAACUCAUCAACCGGUAUUUGACGUCAAAAGACGAUUUAUCUCUCGUUCAAGACAAACCUUUGGUGCAAACCUUGACCAUGCUUGUAUUGAAAAGCUACAAUUACUAUCAGGAUGCUGCUUCCAGAACAGAGGCAGCAUUGGUUCUUGAAAAUCUUGCUCAACUAGACGAAGACUACGCUAAGGCUGCUAUCAAAUACAUCAACGCCAUUGCGUUGAAGCUGGCAAACUUGGCCCUCACGGGUCUUGUAUCACUAUUGACGUGGUCUUGUAUGCUUGUAGUUGUUGAAGGUCAGAGGCAAAGCGCUGAACUUUCAAAGGCAUUGACGAAUCUUGCUAUUCUUCUUGAAAAUUGCGUGGAAGCUAGCCUUGAAGGCGGGAAGCUGAAGAGCACGCACAAGAAGAGAGUGUUAGAAGCGAGCUUGGCUCAAACAAAGAACACAUUGAUCCAGAUCUUUACUAGGAAUUCUCCUGACGCGGUUGAUCAAUUUGUCAAAAACACGAUAUCUGACUCGACCAUCUCACCUUCUGCUGCUACCUUAUUUUUGGCUGUAUUGGCAGAGGCAUUACACGAUCUUCAAUCUUCGCAUCCAGCAUACAUAGCUCACUUGAAGGAGUCUGAGCUGAGCUCCAGCAUUACCAAUUUUUUUGCUGAGAAAGUUGUCUUGGCCAAGACUGGCCCAAGUGCGUUUGCUAUAUCCUACUUCACGAAAUGGUACCUUGACGAAAUUUCAACUCGUGAUGAAUUCGUCAAGAAGAUUCUUCCUAAUCUAGAAAAAGCAAUAUUGAGAUCCUCAGAGAUCGGUUUCUGUCACCUUAUGUGCCCAAUCUUUGCGAAUAAAAGUGAUACCAUAGACCUCAGCGAUGGUUUUGCAACUUCGAAGAUUCUAUCACAUAUAAUCAGUGGCGUGAAGUCAACGAAGGAACAUGUCAGAGACAAAGCUGCUGAAUCUUUAACCCUCAUUUUCAAAAACGCUUUGCCCAAAAUCUCCUCUGCUGAUGCCGCUAAGGUCAUGGACGAGAUCGUGAAAGCUUUUAAGGGCACGACCAACCCUGAUGCAAAAAUUCUUCUCGCCAAAUCAUUGAAUGUUAUUAAUGUACAUGAUGUCUCUGGAUUCUCAAAGAUGUUUUCCUCCCUACUUCCGUUGGCUGCAAAAGAGCUGAACGAAGGUAUAUUACACGCAUUGACAGGUACUUUGAUCAGCCAAUUUGUGUCCGGCUUGCGUUACGGUUAUGGAUUACCAUCUGACGAAGUGACGAAGGUGGAGACUCAAAUCAAAGCGGGACUUUCUAAUGCCAAGUUGAAUCUCAGGAGCAUAUGGGCAACUCAGUUGGGCAAUGCUCUCUACAGAAGCCAAGAGGAGAAUGACGAUGUUGUGUCACUAUUCAAGCUGAUCCUUCCAGAGUUGACGAAGUCCUUGGAAGAAGCUAUUCUGUCGCCUCUUUUGACAGUGUCGAACAAGGGUAUUGCCUGUGCAUAUGUUGCUAUCGCAAUUAGUCAUAAGUUUGUCCAAAAAACUGAAGUUGACUCUGAAAUGCUUUUCAGAAAGCCUCUCAAUGAUUCAAGUGAGAGCUUUUCCAUUCUUUUGAGCCCAAAAGUGCUUGCCAAACUCAAGGAAAGCGAGCAGAAAUGGUGCCUUCGUGCUCUCAUCGCAUGCUUUGACUAUCUCAAAGAGCACUCCCAAAAGUUCGGCACUUCUCUUCUUUACUUCACUAUCUCUCGGAAUGUUCCAUUUGAUGUUCGCAUGGAGGCCCUAGACAGCCUUCGAACUCUUAUGAACAGAGAAGGUGUCAAAACCAGUGAGUCUAUACUUCCAGCAAUUCACAAGGUAUUGUAUCUAGCCGAGGGAGAUUCUCAAGAUAUUGCUGACCUCAACCUUGACUUUAAGCACCUUGCACAGGUGCUCAAUGUUGUCGUUCAACAGCUUGACCCAGACUUGGCCGAGAAGAAUCUCAUUGAUAUAAUUGUGCCCGCUCACCAUCCGAAAAUUCCUGUUAAGGAGGAGUGGAUCGGCGUUGCAUUGAGAUCUUCGCUUGAUCCGGGGCGUGUUGUAGCUUCUCACGCUGAUGAAAUUUUGGAUAAAGUCCUCAAUGUUCUUGCUACAUCUGACAUCAAUGGAGAUAUUUUUAAGGCAGCAAAGAAGGCUUUCGUCACUAUUGGAUUCGUCAGCCCUGAGGUUGCUAUGCCAAAAAUUGCUGACAUCCUCGAGACUGACUUCGAUAUUUCUGUUCUUGAUGAAUAUGAUGCUACCACCGUCAAGAUUUGGAAAGCUAACGAAGGUGACCUUGUUGUCGAUGUGUUGAGCGACAAGAAGGUCAAGAACGAAGACAAGAAUAGCAAGGAUUACGAAACGAGAAAGUGGGAAGAAAAUUUGAAGAAAGAACUUGCCCAGAAAAAAGGUGUCAAAAAACUUACCAAAGAAGAGCAGCAGCUAGUCAAUAACCAGUUGUCGGAGGAGCUGAGAAUCCGUAAGGAGCUUGAUUCAAAAAUCCGGACAUUGUUACGAGGAUUCCACAUUGUGCAAGCACUCACUAGUAUUGCUCGCCCAGACGUCUUCAACUAUGGCGGAACCCGCUGGUUCUUGAACGCCGUGAAUGGUAUGCUAUCGGUAAUUAAACAUCCGUUAUCAGUUGAUAUCUUUGGCGAGUUUGCCACCAGUGUGUUCAUCGAAACAUCGAAGGUGAUCAACUACAGGCUCGGUCCCUUGAAAGAAAUGACCGGUGUGGCUGUUUUGAGAGUUCACGAGGCUAACGGAAUACCAGAGAGAUAUUUGGAGUUACCUUUGAUUGAACUUUUGGGCAAGGUCUUGUUUAGAAUCAAGAUUUUGGUUGACGAUUGGUUCGACACGCUUUCGUUCAUCUACAUCUUGCCUAUGCUCACACAAAUUCUUAUUCAGGGCCGUGGUAUAGCUUUAAAGAACUCAAAGAAGCGUAUUGUCACAUCUGAAUUCGAGGAAGAGGACCCACAAGAGGAGCAGCUUCUCUUAACCAUCGAUAUUAUUUCCUCGUUGGCUUCAUCUUUCUCUGAUGAGACCAUUUCUCGUGACAUGAUCUUGAAGUCAUUGCUUGCAUUGAUGAAGAUUCCAACAAAGGCCAAACUUGCCAAGGAGUGUUUCUUGACCGUAUGCCAGCACAUCGCGGUUUCAUUAACGGAACUGGACAUUGACUUAUUACUCUCCAACCUCAUUACACCUGAUGUGUUCGUCAAGACGGCUAUUUUGCAGGGCAUUGACUCUGAGUUUGAUCUCAGUGAGGAUUUGACGUACUCUAACGAACUUUGGAUAGCUACUCAUGACAAUGAUGCUAAUGUUGCCGAUCUUGCGGCAACUAUUUGGGAAGACAGUAAGCUCGAGCUUGUCGAAGAUGCACCUCAUAGACUCUUCAAGUAUUUUGGUCACGAAGAUGCUGGUUUACGUUUAACAGUUGCCAAAGCCCUUGCGUCUGCGGUGAAAUUCCUUAAAGAAAAAAAUGGAGAGAUCUUCAAUGAUACGUUGGAGAAGCUAAUCAUCUUAUUUUAUGAGAUGGAGAAUCCGCCACCCCCACCACUCGACAAAUUCGGUCUUCCAAUAACGAAUCAUGCAAGUCAGAAAGAUGCUUGGGAAGAUAGAUCGACUGUUGCUUUGGCGUUGAAGCAGAUCGCUCCUUUGUUUGAAUCCAAAAAAUCUGUGGAGGAUGUAUUCUAUUUCCUUGUCGAGAGAGAGACCUUGGGAGACAAGGAGGACUCUGUUGGCCAAGAGCUUUUUGAAGCUGGUAUCGCAAUUUUGGAGCAGCACGGUCGUACACAUGUCGAAGUAUUGAUUCCGAUCUUUGAGAAGUGUCUUGGGCAAAAGGACCAAGGCUUGAAAAAGCAAGAUCGUAUCAAGGAGCGUGUAAUCAUCUUAUAUGGUACCUUAGGACGUUUCUUGGAUGCUAACGACGACCGUUUGCGUAUCAUCGUCGACAGACUACUUGCGACCUUGGACACACCUUCCGAAGAUGUCCAGUAUGCUGUAUCCGAAUGUAUUGCUCCUUUGGUAAAGUCUAUUGAGCCUAAGUUGCAAGAUCAUCUUGAUGCUCUCUUUGACAAGUUGUGGAAGGGACAGAGUCUUGCAGUCAGACAAGGUGCUGCGUACGGUAUCGCUGGUUUGGUGAAGGGUGCUGGCAUCAGAUCCUUGUUCAGCAACGAUGUCAUGAGAAACAUCAUGUCUGCUGCUGAGGACAAGCGCAGCGACCGUAUCAAGGAAGGAGUUGCGUUCACAUUGGAUUGCUUGUCGCAGAGCUUGGGUGCCAAGUUCGAACCUUACGUUAUUGAGGCACUUCCCUUCCUUUUGAAAUCUUUGGGUGACUCGAGCUCCGCAGUCCGUGAAGCUGCUGACAUGACUGCUAGACAAAUCAUGAAGAACAGUACAAGUUAUGGUGUCAAGAAGAUGAUCCCUCUCACGAUCAACCAUAUGGAUGAUAUUGCCUGGAGAACAAAGAAGGGUUCUGUUGAGCUUCUUGGUUCCAUGGCCUACCUUGACCCAACUCAGUUGUCUGCGUCUUUGUCGACAAUUGUGCCAGAAAUCGUGGCCGUGUUGAACGAUUCCCACAAGGAAGUCAGGAGGGCCGCCGAGCAAGCGUUGAAGCGUUUCGGUGAAGUCAUCAGAAAUCCUGAGAUACAAGCCAUCGUUCCUGAUUUGAUCAAUGCUAUUGGCGACCCUACGAAGUACACUGACAUUGCAUUGGACAAGUUGAUAAGGACUCAAUUCGUUCACUACAUCGACGGUCCUUCACUUGCUCUUAUCAUCCACGUCAUCCACAGAGGUAUGAAGGACAGAUCAGCCUCUACCAAGAAGAAAUCUUGUCAAAUUGUUGGUAAUAUGGCAAUUUUGGUCGACAGUAAAGAUCUCCUUCCUUACUUGAACAGCUUGGUAGCUGAGUUGGAGAUCGCUAUGGUUGAUCCAGUCCCAGCUACAAGAUCGACAGGUGCAAGAGCUUUGGGAUCUUUGGUUGAGAAAUUGGGUGAGAAACAGUUCCCAGACUUGAUUCCUCGUCUCGUUGACACCUUGAAGGAUCAAUCCAAGGCUGGUGACAGAUUGGGGUCUGCCCAAGCUCUUGCAGAGGUUAUCUGUGGUCUUGGUCUUUCCAAAUUGGACGAAAUGCUACCCGACAUUUUGAAGCAGGCAUCUUCACCAUACACUCAUAUCCGUGCUGGAUUCUUGCCAUUGUUGUUGUUCCUUCCAGUGUGUUUCGGUUCCCAGUUUGCUCCUUAUUUAAGCAGCAUUAUUCCUCCAAUCUUAUCAGGAUUGGCCGAUACCGAUGAAGAAAUCCGUGAGACUGCUUUGAAGGCAGGUAGAUUGAUUGUCAAGAACUACGCUAACAAGGCUAUUGACUUGUUGCUUCCUGAAUUGGAGCUUGGAUUGACUGAUUCUUCAUACAGAAUUCGUCUUUCUUCCCUCGAGCUCACUGCCGACUUGUUAUUCCAGGUCACUGGUAUUUCCGGCAAGAACGAGCUUACUGAAGAGCAGAGCUCUGUCAACCGUAACCUUGUUGAAGUUUUGGGACAGGAGCGUCGUGACAGAAUGUUGGCGGCAUUGUUCAUUUGUCGUUCUGAUGCUACUAGUGUUGUUCGUGCUGCCGCUAUCGACACAUGGAAGGCUUUGGUUGCCAACACUCCUCGUACCAUCAAGGAAAUCAUCCCAAGCUUGACUAUGCUUAUUGUCAAGAGAUGUGCUUCCAGCGACGAGACACAUAGACAGAUUGCUGCAACUACACUCGGUGAGGUUGUUCGCAGAGUUGGUGCUAACGCAUUGAACCAAUUGUUGCCAAGCUUAGAGGAAGCUCUCGUCUCUGGUGACUCUGAUGCCAAGCAGGGUAUUUGUAUUGCUCUCUCCGAGUUGAUCAACUCUUCUUCAGAGGAUGCCUUGCAAACGCAUCAAGACGUGUUUAUCAGAAUUGUCCGUGAAUCUUUAGUGGACAGCUCGGCCGAGGUCAGAAAGGCUGCAGCUCAGGCCUUCGAAUCUCUUCAAAAUCAUUUGGGCAAGGUUGUUAUCGACGAAAUCUUGCCAAACUUGUUGAACCUCUUAGAGUCAAGCGACAAUUCGGAAAAUGCCCUCUUGGCAUUGCAAGACAUUAUGGCUACCAAGGCAGAUGUCAUUUUCCCAAUUUUGAUUCCAACCUUGUUGAGCCCUCCAUUCGAUGCUUCUAAGGCCAAGUCUUUGUCUUCUCUCGCUUCAGUUGCUGGGCAUGCCUUGUACUCUCGUUUGGGCUCUAUCGUUAACACCUUGUUGCAAGCAGUCAUCGAUACUAAAAACACCGGCACUCCAGAGGAACAGAGGGAGGUUGAAGAGGCCUUUGAUAACAUCUUGUUGUCUAUUGAAGAUGAUGAGGGUGUCCAUCCUAUCAUGCAACAAUUGAUGUCGCUAGUGAAACACCAGGACGCUGACAAGAGAGCGGCUGUCAGUGAGCGUCUUGGUCCAUUCUUCGCCAAAACCAAUCUCGACUACUCCAUCUAUGUUCCUGAUAUGGUCAUGCAGUUCAUUUUGGCUUUAGGUGAUAAGGACGCAGAUGUUGUCAAGGGAACUUUCGAAGCUUUGAGCUCAUUAGUGAAAGCUCAAGAUAAGACAAUGCUCGAGAAAUUGGUCAAACCAGCUCAUCAAUCGUUGUCCAUUGCUGGUGUGAGAGGCGAAGAAUUGGCUGGUUUUGCUUUGCCCAAGGGCCCCAGCUGUGUCUUGCCAAUUUUUUCUCAUGGCUUGAUGUACGGUAAUGCUGAGCAAAGAGAGUUGUCUGCCUCGUCUAUUGCUGAGAUUAUCCUGAGAACUCCAGCAGCCAAUUUGAGACCGUUCGCCACGACCAUCACGGGUCCUUUGAUUCGUGUCAUUGGUGAAAGAGUUUCAUCUGAUGUCAAAUCAGCCAUCUUGACUGCUUUGACUAACUUGUUGUUGAAGAUCCCUCAAUUCUUGAGGCCCUUCAUUCCUCAGCUUCAAAGGACUUUCGUCAGGUCGUUGAGCGACGUUUCCAAUGACAAGUUGAGACAUGGCGCAGUCAAUGCUUUGGGUGUCUUGAUCGAAUUCCAACCUCGUGUCGACCCAUUGGUCACAGAAUUGGUUCAAGGUACAAAGAAUGCCGAAGACCAAGGAAUCAAGACGGCCAUGUUGAACGCAUUGCUCCAAGUUGUGGUCAAGGGAGGCAAUAAUAUGAGCGAGUCCUCCAAAUCUUCUGUAAUGGCAUUGGUCGAGGAAGAAAUCAACACUGUCAGCGAGAAAUCUGCCGUUGCCUAUGCCCGUCUUCUCGGAUCGCUCUCUCAGAUCUUAUCCACUGAAGAAGCCGCCAACAUUUUGCUGACCAAGAUCUUGAACAAGCGUCAACAUAGCGAGGAUAUGAAGUUUGCUAUCUUGUCGAUCAACUCGUUCUUGAGGGAUGCUCCAAAACAUAUUUUCGACACCGGAAUGUUGGAUGAGAUUGUCCACUUCAUCGUUGAGUGUUCGAAUAACUCAAUUCCCUAUAUCAGCGACAACGCAGUGAUUGCUCUUGGGAAGGUUUUGCUUCUCCAUGGUGAAACGGCCUCGCCAAAACAAGCAGGGUCUGACAAAGCCACUUCUCCAUGGCAACUUCCAGAGGCUUUGAGCAGCAAAAUUGUAUCGCAGUUGUGCAAGUGUGCGCUCAAGCCAGAAUCGAACUCCCCAGACACAAGAAGACUUUCAUUGGUGGUUCUUCGUACCGUGGGCCGUCUCAAGCAUGACGUAAUUGUCACACCCCAUUUGAACGAAAUCAGCCCUGCUGUGUUCUCCUGUUUGAGAGAUGGUAUUAUUCCUAUCAGGUUGGCAGCAGAAAAGGCAUACUUGGCGGUGUUUAACUUGAUCGAGGACAAGGACAUGAAAGAGUUCACUGCCUGGUUUGAUGAGGCGUCUAAGAAGCCAAUAACUACAAUUACUGGAGUUACUAUCCAGCCAAGAUCUAUUGGUGACUACACGAAGAGAGUGGCUUCUAGGUUGGCCAACGUCGAGAGAGAAAGGUUACAAGAUGGAGGAGAUGACGAGGCCUUGUUUAGUGAUCGUAUCGAGGACGAAAACGAGAUUUGGGCAGUUGGAGGCACCUAA